AUGGGUGAUAUAUUAUUUAUUUGCGGGUUUCUAGUUGCUUUAAAGUUAUGUUUGUUAAAUUGUUAUGUUUCAACGGAUUUCGAGGUAAAUUGGUUAUGAACAACUAUUUGGUUUAUUAAAAUUAUGUUUUUGUUUACUUUAAAUUGUUGUUCAUCUUAAAUGAAGUUCAAAAUAAACUUUUUAGGUACAUAGGAACUGGCUAGCAGUAACAUACAAUUUGCCAUUGGUCAAAUGGUAUUUUGAGGACACUUCAGAAUGGACGAUAGAUUAUCCACCGUUCUUCGCCUUUUUCGAAUGGAUUCUGGCACAAUUUGCUGCUUUAUAUGACGUCGACAUACUGAAGAUACAAAAGGAAGCAUUGUUAACACCUAAUGUACUAUUAUUUCAACGUAUUUCAGUGAUUUUUGCUGAUAUUGUCUUUGUAAGUUGAUAUCUAUACUUUUAUUCUUGAUUUUUAGUAUUAUGGCUGCUACUUUUGUGCAAAGAGAGUGGUGAACUCAUUGAAUGUGACCGGAAAGAAAGCUCAGAAUCUCGUUUUGGGACUAUUUUUGGUUUUGGUGUUGAAUCCAGGACUAAUCUUGUUGGAUAAUGUUCAUUUUCAGUACAAUUCAUUCUUAUAUGGCAUUCUUCUCAUGGGAAUUGGAUGCUUUGUGGACGGAUGUUAUUUUAGAGUGAGUUUGGUUUAACUAUUGGGUGCUUAUAAUAUUUGGCAUAAAAAUAUUAUUAUACUGAUUAGGUACUUAUUUUUAAAUGUUUUUAGGCUGGAUUGGCGCUUUCAAUUCUCUUAAACUUCAAACAUAUUUUCCUUUACUACGUAUUUGCAUUUGUAUAUGGAUUCGUAGCACAGUACUUGUUGCCAAUUAACAGGACGGUUAUAUUGAGGAUUGUUUUACUGGGUAUCUCUGUUGUUACACCUGUCAUAUUGUCGUUUGGACCGUUUAUAUAUAAAGGUAGGUAAUUUUAAUGCAAAUGCUUCGUAUGAUAAUUAGCAAUGUUCGCGCUAUUUUUUGUGUUUUAAAAUUAAUUUUAAUACGAAGUUUUUUAGGAGGUAUAGCUCAACUUCAUCAAAUACUAUCACGACUUUUUCCAUUCAAACGAGGUCUAACUCAUUCUUAUUGGGCUCCGAACUUUUGGACCUUGUAUAAUACAGUAGACUACAUAUUAUACAAGUUGAAAGUGAAAGGAUGGAGAACUACAGAAACAGCCCCACAGUAUACUAAUGGGCAGGUCCAGGUAAAAUACGAUAGUUGACAAUGUAGCCACUUAUAUUUAUUUAUCUGUUAUUUAUAUUUAUUAACUUUUUAAACAAUAUUAAUGACUUGCUUUCAAUUUCAGACUUACAAUCAUUCUGUUUUGCCGAACAUAUCAGUGGAAGUGACACUAGCUUUGGUACUUUUGUCAUCAGUUACAGUACUUGUUGUCAAAAGAAGCAAUGGCAGAGAAAACAUCUUGAGUACGAUGAUUUUAAGUGCAUUUUCUUUCUUUUUAUUUUCAUGGCACGUUCACGAGAAGGCCGUUCUUCUGAUUCAGAUACCUUUGGUGAUUCUUGGGUUUGUGGUAAGCUAUUAUAUAUUGAGGUUGUUACUGUAAUUUAGUCAUAAACAUGGUCGGGUUUAACUUUUAUAGUAAUUUAGGUAUUUUUUUAUAGUUAUAAGAGUAACUUCUUACUAUUUUUUUUAUUUUCAGAACCCAAUAUACGCAAGUAUAUCCAUGUUAUUCACUCAAGCCUCGGUUGUUGCUCUGUUUCCUUUAUUUUUCGAUAAAUCAAUCGAAAAUCUGAUAAAAUACGGAUUGCACUUUGGAUAUAUCAUUGUGCUUAAGAGUGUAUAUCAUAAUGUGUUCAACCUUAAUUCUGUGUUUGACUUUAAAAACAAAGUCUUCUUGGUUGCGACAGUAUUUCUGGAGGUUUACAAAGGAAUUGUUCAUACGGUAGGUUACUGUAUUUUGUUUUUUGUAAAUAUUUAUAUGUAGUCAGCGUUACUUUACCGUAAAAUGUGUUUUGACGGAUUUUUAACCUGUGAUUUUAGGUUAUUUUUGGAGAUCGAGCAGACUUCUUACCUCUAAUGAUGACAUCCUUGUUAUGUUCAGUAGUCGUACAUUACACUUACUUACAUCUGGUAUUACACUUUAGUGGAGUCAACGUAUUUUACGCUAAAAUGAAGUUAUUGUGUUUGGAACGAUGGUACAAAAGCAAUGGCAAGAAGUAUGAAAACGACGAUGUCAAAGUGGUCGGAGGGUUAGACAUGACUCAGAAUCAAGAUAUACCGAGCUUGUCAACUGUCAGUUACUGCGUUCUCAGCUAUCCUGAUUUGAAGGUAAUGUUUUUCAUCAUGGCGGCAGGAAUUAAGGCUACAUAGGGGGGGGUGUAAUAAUAUAAAAGGAAAUAUUAGUCUUGCAGUUAAUAAAAAUUAAACUUAUUAUUCUUUUUAUAGAAAAUGCGAGUUUAAAAAGGUUUGUUUCAGGUGCUACAUCAUGACCAUGAAUCUGUAGUUAUAAAGUAUGAUUACUUGUCGAAUUACUUGGCUUUGCGUGAAUCUGAAGCCAUGGUUAAUAUAGUAAACGAUGGAAAAGCUAAAGUUAAACCUGAUGUUCUAUUAGUUGAUGGAAACGCAGGUCUACAUAUCAGAGGUAGGUUUCGGUAUGAAUUUUUAAAAAAAUUGAAGAUUUGAAAAUAUUGUGAAUAAACGUAUUUAAUUAAGUAAAAUAGGGUUAUAUCAAGAUUAAAAAACAAUUAAAAUUUUGUAUAGUGUUUUUAGAUUUUGGAUUGGGAUGUCAUGUAGAGAGUCAGACUGAGAUUUCAACAGUUGGUGUAGCCAAGAAGUUGUCAGCGUCAUUCUCUCGCUUUUGUGAUGAUUCAGAAGGCUUUGUUCACGUAAGGCGACAUUUGAAUUAAUUAUAUGUUUUAUUCUUUGAAAACUUUUUUUGUUUACAAAUGAGUUACAGUAACUUUAAAUUCUUUGUUUUUAAUUUUUUUUUGAAUUUAUAUUUUUAAAAUUUGUAAUAUUAUUAAAAAUUUAUUGUGUUAUCAUUUUAACUUUUGAUAGUAUUGCUUUAGUGGUUAAAGUCUCGAAAAUGGACUGACAAGGAGGUGUUGAAAGUUCGAAACAAUGGCCGUGAAGUUGUUGUAGUAACCAAACGUGGAGCCAACUUGAUGUUUCUGUCUGCGAGAACAGGAACUGAUGUGAAUUCCGUGCUGAAUGUGGUGUUUAAUGUGAUGGGGAAAGGAAACUGUCAUCUCAUUAGAAUGGUAAGGGGCUUAAUGAUUGAAUACAUACAGUUUAAUUUAAAUAACUUGAGGAAAUUUUAGAUUUUUAAUUUUUGAAAGAUAAAAAAAAACUAUUGUAAAAUGAUUUUUUUGAAAAAAAAGCUUUAAAAUGCACUUUUAUAUAGUAAAACCUAUUACAAUAUGUUAGAAUCGUAGCACUUGAUGGUCUGUGAAAGUAUAAUAGUAGACGUUUGUUCUCUUUUUGGAGAGACAUAAACAUUCUCCUCAACAAGGUUCAUAACUUAACUAGAGUAAUGUCUUUACGAUAUGAACCUCUCUUCCUUUCCUUACCUCACCCUUCUUCACCUUACCUUACUUUCUUCGUUUCAGAGCGACCUUUGUUCUCGUCAUCUGAAUCAAGAUCUGUUCGAGGACGUGUCCCUCCGACUGUGA